UAUGCUCAAUGAACUUGAAUGGAGUCUGAGGCACGUGGCAAGCUUUUCCCAAAGGUUCGAGUGCCACACAAGUGACUUAAUGGCUUUUGCCGUUUACAUGUGCAGAAAAGUUACAAGUUCUUGCAUUUGUGGACUCCAAAGAUUCGCUACAGAUCGCAUUAUAUUUGCAAUGUAAUUGUUUUAUCGGAGUUUAUAAAAAUACAGGUUAACGCUUAUGAGCUCGCUCACGACCGAAAGUUGCCGCCUGAGGAUGCCGGGGCAAGUGAUCAGCCUGAGCGAUGUCCAGGCGACACGCUGAAGGGUGCCGUCGGUCACCCAGGUUAUGAUACAAGCCGCGCCGGACACCCCUUUAUUGAAAUCGAAUUGUCUCAGUUGCAUUAUUAAUUGGAUCUGCGGUCAAGUACGCCCAUACAUUUCUUGCUCGCGUAAUUUUUGUACCGUUUCCAUUAAUGAUUAUCAUUAUCGGCAUAAUCAUCAGCGUGGCCUCGCACCACUGCAGCCCGCCGUAUGUGGAGCUUUUGGUCAGUUCGUUUGCUCUGUCCGGGAAUUUGAUUAUGCUUUUGUUCUUUCCAAUUACUUUGUUUUAUUCCGCCUAUCGGCUACCACUGCAUUCUCUCCGACUACUUUGGAAGCAUGUUGCUGUUUUAUCCAUUGUAGGCAAAAGCCUGGCAAUCGCAAUCACGACUUUGUCAUCCACCCUAAUUUUGGCUAGAGAUCAACACAGUACCUGGGGUUUAUUGACCGGCUUUUUAUUCGCCAGUAUUGUCAGUGCCACCGAUUCGCUCGAAACUUCGGAAAUCGCUAAAACUGAUUGCGAUCAUCGAACGUCUGUGCUCAUGGAAGCCAGUGCUUUGUUUGGAAACGGGUGUACAUUUACGUGGUACACCUUCGUAAUUGCCGCUUUCCGGAGUUAUUCGUCGCAGUCGUUCUCACCAGUUUUAUUUACGGAAACAAUACUCUUGGGACUUCUUGUGGCACCGGCAUUCGGUUUUGCUUGUGGUGUCUUACAAAUGGUAUUCUUGAUGCACAUUUACAACUCAUGGCAGUCAGAAGUGCUCAUUCUCCUGUCCACACCAUUUGUGGUAGCCUGGAUUGCAUAUUACUUAUUUGGCAGCUGUGCAAUGCUUUCCGUGAUCACAUUAGGCUUAUGGACGAACUACAAGUCAGACGCUAUCAGCAUCAACAUAAAACCCGUGGCUGUCCAGUUUUUAGUGACAUUCUCCUACAUCUUCAACGUCUUCAUCUUCUUGCUGGUUGGUUAUCUCCUGGCUGAGACCGCAUACACGGUCGCGGAUGACCUUCCAUCCGAUUGGUGGAAAACAGUGUAUCGGCACUUAGCGCUGCACGCCUUUACGGUAUGGUCGACGAUCGGGGCUCUGACUAUCUUACGACCGAUUCUGAUGCGAAUGGAUGACGCCAACAGCAUCUACGAUCUAAGGAAUGUUUUCUUGAUUACCUGGACAACGCCGAGAGGAGCCACGGCAAUGGUUUUGCUGCACCAUGUUAUGGAUACCGAAAAGGGUAUGCUGCUGGGGAAUCGCCGAGAUACCGAAGUGGAUUUGGAAAUAAGUGUGAUCGUUGUCAUCGCAUUGUCGCAGUUCAUUCAGUGUUCGACGAUGAGAAAACUGCUGAUCUUUUUAGGUUCUUUCUCUGAGCAUUCCGAGUCGCAAGUGGUUAUUACAGCACGUAAAGGAUUUUUCAACUCUUUGGAGAGAAUUCGGCAGGAAGAAAUAAGGACAAUGAGGCAGAAUUCACGGUUUAGCGAUGUCAACUGGCAGAUAGUAGCCAACCACACUAGCUUGAAAGAAUCUGGAAAAGCAUCCACCCAAAAGAAUCCUAAAAACACCGGAAGUUUGAGAAUCCUGACUGCUCAAAUAGCGUGCAUAAACUGCCAGAAAGCCUGCGUCCUACCCCAGGAAAUUCUGAAAAUGCAAGAUACGGGAGUCAGCAAAUUGUCAAAGGCGCUAAAGAUGUCUUUUUACAAGCAGUAUGAAGGCGGCAUGCUGACCAGAGUUUCUUUGAAAGUUUUAUGCGACUUGAUAGACGAAGUGACUAUACACCGAAAGGAGCUGUCAGGAACGCAUAUUCGCCAUUAUUUAUAUUCGCAUAUGUCUUUCGGAUUUCGGAAGCGGCUCUCGGAUGCUAGACACCCCACAUCUCACGAGAGCAGCAUGGUGCCACCGCAGAAUUCCUCUCGGCGUGCAGCGUUCGAGAUGGUUCAGACAUCGGAAUUCGAAAACGUGGUUCUGUGCUCCGUGUUUUUUCACGUUGUGUUGACUAUAGCUGGAUGGAUAAUUACUGCUAACAACGACUUGUCGUCGGUUGCGCAAGUGGUGACCAUCGUGAUGUUGAUGCUCAAUUUUGGCUUUGCUGUAAUUUACACCACGGAGUGCGUACUGAAAUGGUAUGGAUGUGGAACGAAGCAGUAUUAUGGCACAUCGUGGAUCACCUGGAACCGAUUUGACUUUGCUUUGUUGCUACUGACGUAUGCGGACCUGAUCAUGAAUGUUGUCACACUAUCACAACCUAUGGAGAGUGGUACGCGUAUCGUCUUAAACCCGGCAGCGGUCAGAGCGCUGCGAUUGGCGAGAAUCUUUCGGACUAGUCGCGUCCUUAGAUUAUUAAAGCCACUUAGCCCUUAUUUGCUCCGGUUGAUCGAAAUCAGCAUCACUCACCACCUAUACGAAGCAUACAUGGUAGCUCAUGGGUACAUCGUAGCGCAGGAAGAUGUUGGCCGCCUGCUCGAUCAGCUCAUAUCUUUCCAGCCAUUAGUCAUAGGCUUCCGCCUUAAAUGCAGGAAGUCCAGUGAAGAUAUCGCGCAUGAAAUCGGUUUGCUGAAUCAACAGCAUUCGGAUAUCGCCACUGCGGUGAAAACGCGGCAAGCCAUUAUGGCUGUCUGGAAUACCAUUGGGCAGACUAUCGUCAUGUUGAAACGCCAAGGCGUCAUUGAAGAAGACGAUUAUGAAAAAUUCGAAUCGGAACUGGAUGCUAAGAUGAAGAAACUUGGGAAACUUCCGCAUCGUAUACCGUUGCGCGAUCCCGAGCAGCGUCUCCGUAAUUUACCCUGGAGUUUAGGCGAUGAAAAGAUCUGCAACGUUCUCAAAAUGAUUUAUGAGAAGCAGACGGUGGAAAUGGGCUCGACGUUCUUGCAUGAGAAUGACGUGCCUAAAGGGAUUUACAUAAUAGCGAAUGGAUUAGUGCAGCUGAAAACUUCCAAAGUAUUUCUAGACCAUCAUACUCUUGGGGAAAUCUAUAGCACCGACAAUAUCAAACGGCAGUAUACUGGUACUUCCGAGUUUGGGAGCGACGUUAAGAUCGAAUAUGCCCUGCCUGGAAACGGACUGAAUGAACAAGCGCUUCUUAUUGGCUUUAACCGUCGACUGAAUGCUAUUGCCGAAACAGCUGUAGAUCUCCUCUUCAUUCCCAGUGAAAACUUGUUUUUAGCUUUCCAAAUGGUCCCUGAAUUGGAACGGAAGUUGUGGAAGCAUAUCGCUGUUACCAUUGUGACAAAUAUCGAAGUUCAGAUGAAAAACCUCGUGAGUGACAACAUUGACAGUGAGAUCGAACAGGCUCGUUUAUCUCGCGGUGACGUUCGGUUAGUCAAACCCGGCCGUAUUGUUGCGGAUCUCGACAUGUAUGCUGACACAUAUCUUCUGGCUGGGUCCGUUAUGGAACUGCAAGGAAGGAAUCAGCACUUCGCUCCUGCAAAGCUGCCUCACUCUGUCCAAGAUAUCCAGAUCAAAUCGGGCCGCGAACCAAUUCGGGAUUCCGAUGGUGACGUAAUAUAUCCUGGGUAUGCAGUUCUCUUUAUCGUACCACAUGAUGGCAGCGUAAUGGAAACAUCCACAGUUCACGAAAGUCAACUGGGUUUAGCCAAGACCAGUGACGUAUCAAGCCGAAUAUCCUCCCUAUCAAUGCCGCGGCAGCAUCGACACAGGGAAUCGGUUUUGGACAAACUCCGCGAUGCAGUACCAAGGGGUACAAUUGUGCAUCUCUUGACCACCGGUUUCCAUCGGUUGGCUGGCGGACCUGCUGAAACUGUUUAUGAGGAGCAUCAGACGGACGAUGAUGAACUUAAGGCGGCGCGGGAACGCGCCCAUGCGAUAAAACAUCUGCGGACCGGUUCAGUUGGACAGAAUCAAGCCACAGCAACCGCAAUGCAGGUAGCAAUGGGAACAGAGCAGCAAAAAGUAAAAGUCAAAGCAACCGGAUACCAGCGUUUGUCUGCGGUGGGAGAAACACAUGGCAGGCACAAUCUCCACCCGGGAAUGCACUCAAAACCAGUGGAUGACCAUUCUCAUUGGGUUAAAAACGAAGAGUCGGUUGAAGUUGUGCAUGAACAGCGCCAUAGAUUGCGAAUGCAUUGGUGGCAUCAGUAAAAUUGUUUCACAUAAUUAUAAUUAAUGCGCAUACCAUGAGCUGUUUACUCUGAGAUUCUCGCACAACAUCAUUUGCUGCUGAGAGAGAACUUGGGCUACGAGUACUUCUCUAUAUGUCGUACAGAGAGAGCAGUUAUUGCAGCUUUUCUGUUUUUGACUGGAAACCGGCUUUGAUUCUUAACUUUGGUAGGCUUUUAGGAGGUUAAUAAAAUCGUUCUCCGUGGCAGGAAUCUCGGUGUCUGUGGUAUCCUUUGUAUUGCGUUGCUCACUAGUCCGUUGCUGUUCCUUGAAUACUGUUCGCCAUUUCUGAAAGGUUUUGUUAACAAAACCAAAAAUGUC